AUGAACGUACAAUUUAAUCAUUUCUCUUUUCGUUCGAGGAUCUCUUGUAGCUUAACUCGAAGCAGGUUAAGCGUUACGAUGUCGGGUGGCUACGACGUUUUGAGCCUCAAGGAGGAUGAUAUUACCAAGCUUAUAGCUGCUGGAGCUCAUCUUGGCAGUGAAAAUGUCAAUUACCAGAUGGAGCAGUACAUUUACAAGCGCCGUGUUGACAGGAUCUCCGUGAUUAACUUGCGUCGCACCUGGGAGAAGAUUUGCUUGGCCGCUCGAGCUAUUGUCGCCAUUGAACACCCAGCGGAGGUAUUCGUCAUCAGCUCUCGUUCUCAGGGUCAGCGUGCUGUGUUGAAAUUCGCAGCUCACACCGGAGCAACACCAAUUGCUGGACGAUUCACUCCUGGUGCAUUCACCAAUCAGAUUCAGGCUGCUUUCCGUGAGCCAAGAUUGUUGAUUGUUACUGACCCUCAAGCUGACCACCAACCAAUCACAGAAGCCAGCUAUGUCAACAUUCCUGUAAUUGCCUUCUGCAACACCGACUCACCUUUGAGAUUCGUUGAUAUUGCAAUCCCUUGCAACAACAAGGGACCCAACAGCAUUGGUCUGAUGUGGUGGUUGUUGGCUCGUGAAGUUCUUCGUCUUCGUGGAUCGAUUCCCCGUGACACAAAGUGGGACGUCGUUGUUGAUCUGUUCUUCUUCAGAGAACCUGAAGAGUCAACCGCCGAUCAAGGUUGGGGAAAUGAAGUUGAUUCAGUUGCUCCAACUACUGAAAACUGGGCUGACGAUGUUGCCGGAGUUCCUGCUUCCAGCCAAAUGGCAGCAGCGGCUCCAGCAUCUGGUUUUGCUUCAUCUGGAGAUUGGGCAACUCAGCCCACAAACGAGUGGUCAGCAUCAGCACCAAUAACACAGCCUGAGACCUGGGGUGGCAGUGCUCCUGAAAAAUGGGCAUAA